AUGCACCUUUCUUACCCAUUUAUUCUUAAGAUACUAGAAAAUCUUUCUCGUGGAGCAGAACUUAAGCCAUUCUCGACAGCGGCUUUCAUGAAUAGUACUAGGUUUCCUGUUUCUCGAAUCUUUUCUCUGUUCAGCCGUUCUCUUUCUCCUCCAAUCAUAAACCUAUUAUUUAAUUCAACUCUACCUCAUGUUCCUUCAUGCAAAUUUUCCAUUAUAGCCCAGUUCUCCUCCUCUUCUUCAUCUCUUCCUCCUCCUUCUCCUUUGUAUGCUGCAAUGGAAACCCAAGUGGGUAGUAGUAGUAGUAGUCGUUGGAGGCCCAUGUGUUUGUACUACACUCAAGGCAAGUGUACUCAGAUGGAUGAUUCUAUCCAUCUGGAGAAGUUUAAUCAUGAUUGCUCCAGGGAUCUUCAAGUUAAUGCCACUGACAGUGAUAAAAAAUGCUCUCAAGAUGUGGAUUUUCUCUUGGUGCUGGAUUUAGAAGGGAAAGUUGAGAUACUUGAGUUUCCUGUGCUGCUGAUGGAUGCAAAAUCAUUGGGUUUAGUGGAUUUCUUCCACAGGUUUGUGAGGCCCUCUAAGAUGAGUGAGCAAGCAAUAAACAAAUAUAUUGAAGGAAAAUAUGGUGAAAUUGGGGUUGACAGAGUCUGGCAUGAUACAGCUCUGCCAUUUAUGGAAGUUAUUCAGCAGUUUGAAGCUUGGUUGACUCAACAUAACCUAUGGAAAAAGGAAGAGGGUGGCUGCCUUGCUUGUGCAGCAUUUGUAACUUGUGGAAACUGGGAUUUGAAGACAAAAAUCCCUCAGCAAUGCAUAGUUUCCGGGAUCAAGCUCCCUCCAUAUUUUAUGGAAUGGAUCAAUCUAAAGGAUGUUUAUCUAAAUUUUUAUGGGCGUGAGGCCAGAGGAAUGAUGUCCAUGAUGAAGCAGCUUGAAAUUCCAGCAUUGGGUAGUCACCAUCUAGGUAUUGAUGACUCAAAAAAUAUAGCAAGGGUAUUACAACACAUGCUUGCUGAUGGUGCUCUUAUGCAAAUUACUGCAAGGAGGCAUCCUGAAUCUCAAAAAGUUGAAUUUCACUAUGAGAAUCGCAUUAGGGCUCCUCAAAGAAGAGAAAGGCGGCUUUAAGCUAAAUCUAAACCUUCCAGUGAUACUACGGUAGCUGUAAAAUUUGGGGAAUAGAAACUUGCAUUCUUUGGUUUUGACAUUUGAUGCUAUCUUUUUAAUCCAGAUAAUGCUUAGUCAAAUUCUUCCUUGGAAGGUUUUGAGUAGUGAGUACUCUAUGAGCAGGCUGUGGUUUGGAAACUUGUCUCAUUUGCUAUAUUUGUUGUAGAGCAAUAUCCAACUGAUAGGGAUUAAAUUUUGUUAUCCCAAUAAUGUAAUGGAGAUUCACUUUAAGAACAUAGUUGUAUUUUGUAUUUCGUAUUUGAGGAUGUCAAGAAUCAAAUCUUAAUCAUUAAAACUAAAAAUUUACCAUCAAAUCAACAUACUGUAGAAUGUUGGUAAACUUCGAAUUGAGGCAGAAACAGUAAUAGCGUGUGAAUGAUAGCACCAUAGAAGAUGAAUUCAAUGUUAAGGUUACACUUAACUUUUGUUUGGUAGUGUGGUAAGAUGGGUUCAAUGCCAAAACGACAUGCAAAUGGUGCAAUCAAACUCUCUCUAAAUCGCUUAACAACCUCAAAAUCAACAAUGAUAGA